AUGGUAGACAUGCUGGACACCGCCGAGCUGAAGAAGCUCGUGAUCACGGGGCUGAACUGGGCCAUGCUAGCAGGGAGCUGCCUCAUGAAGCUUCCGCAGAUUAACAACAUCUUGAAGGCAGGCAGCGUGGUGGGUCUGUCAGAGACCUUCGUGAUAAAUGACUGCAUCGCCGGAUUGCUGUUUGUCUACUACAAUGUGCUUUCCGGUCACCCCUUCAUGAGCUGGGGAGAGAAUGUGAUAGUGGGUGUGCAGAAUACCAUCAUCAUCUUCCUGUACUGGCACUACUCGCCGCAGCUGUCCAAAGCGCCUCGCUUCCUUGGGGCCGUGGCCUUCGUGGUGGCCAGUGUCGCUGUGCUCCUCCUCGGCUUGCCCGAAGCGGGUGUGUCGGCUCUAGGCACGGCGCCGAUCAUCCUAGGCAACGGCUCAAAAGUGCCGCAGAUUUGGAAGAACAUGGCCCAAAAACACACGGGCACCAUGGCGGCCGUGCCCGCGCUUCUGGGACUUGCGGGGUGCUCCGUCCGGGUCCUAACGUACGCCUUGCAGACGAAGGAUGUCGUCGCCAUCUUGAAUCCGCUCGCGGCAGCCGCGCUGUGGUUCAUCCUCCUGUUGCAGUUCGUCCUCUACUGGAAAACAACCAAGGAGGUGCAAAAACAGGCAGAGGCCAAGCGCAAAGAGGCAGGACAGAAGAAAGCCGCGUGA